GCAACAUCCGAGUCACAGUGGCCAAGCUCAGGGCUCCUCUUUCCUGCAGGGCUGCGUUCGCGUUUCGCGUAUGGGGCUCCUGGCUGUCUCUUGCCAGGCCGUAGGGGCGCAUGGAGGGAAAGGAGGAUAAACUGCAACAGCAUAAAGUAGAAGAUGCUGCUAUAGUGUGUGUAACUGAAAAAAAAGAAGAAAUCAAACAUGAAAAAAAACCUGGACAAAGCUUACAACCUUCAAAGCCAUGUGUUGGGAGAGGACGUGUAUUUUAUGCUAAAUUCAUUAACACUAAUGCAAGAACAUACAAUGAACCAAUUCCCUACAUAGAUCCCAAAAAAGGGCCAUCAAAGCAGGGUGACUGGUGGCCACACAGUAGAGUACUGGAAUAUGCCUUUCAACCACCUUAUGACACUAAGAGCACCCAGAGGAGUGAUUUCCAAAAACCAACGUGUCCAUUGGUUUCACCAGUUAAACAUAGCAGGAUGCAAAAACCUUCUUGUGGAAUAGUUCCACUUGUCUCUCCUGAUGCAGCAGCAGAACUUCAGAACAAUUUUAUAGAACGCAUUUCUUUUACACAUCAAUAUGAUGCCAGGAAAACACCUAAUGAGCCCGUCCGGGGGAAGAGACAUGGAACUUUUGUGCAGAGAGAGAGAAAGCCAGGGAGCAGGCCAAUAGUUCCUAAGGGAACAGAAGUAUUACUGAACGCUCCAGGGUCAUGUUCAUCAGAACAGUCCAAGAAAACAGAGAAAGGAAAUUCCGUGGAAAGCAGAAUGAUCUCACCAGGUCUCUGCUGACAAAACCCCCCAGAGCUGUUAGAGACUAAAAUGCAUGUAUCAGAAGAAGACCUCAGAGAGGCCACGGGGGCAAUUCCUGAGAGGAGGGAGAAGACUAUGGGCAGCUUUCAGGUGACUGUAGGAGAUGCUCCUCUCACCAGGCAUCAACCUUCCAACCCAACAAUAAAAACAAACAAACAAACAAACAAAAAACAUUUUCAAGA